AUGAAAGGAUAUAAGUGGACAAAGGAAGAAGAAGCUAUGAGCCAGAAGAAAGAAGAAAGAAGAAAGAAGAAAGAAGAAGAGGAACUCAUGAAACUCCACAAACAAGAAGUUCUCCAACUUUUCAAGAAGAAGGAGAAAACUGACAACAUCAUAAAGAAAAAGAAAGAAACGACAAAUAAUAAGAAGAAGGACGAGAAUGUGGAUCCUAACAAACCAAAGAAGCCCGCUUCUUCCUUCUUUCUUUUCUGGUACUAA